AUGAGUUCCCAAUUUGAUCACACAAUAUAUAGUUCUUCCUCUACUUCUUCUGAUAUUAGUUUUCAAACAGCAAGAUCCACUUACUUCUCAAUAGAAAAAGAAGAAAAUGAAAAUGAAAACCAAAACCCACUACAAAAAAACCAAUCAUCCUUUCUUUUUAAUACAGUACUAGAGGGACGACAAAAAUCAGAUCUAACAUCUUUCUCGAAGGACACAACAACCCCAACUAGUACGGCUACGAGUCCAAAUAUACCGACUUCUAAAGAUAUUAUGACACCAAUUUUAAACCAAAGUAACCAAUUUACUGUCGAUGAAAAUGGAAACCAAUUUUUUGAUGAAGAUAAAACACCACUGGUCAACCAGUACAUUUCAUCUUCUAUAUCUCCUGCCGACGUUACUAGUGAAGAUUAUACGGUGAACCAAUCAAAAAAUUAUACCGAGAACGAGAAUUAUCGUUCUUCUCCUGUUUCAACCAACCCAACAAACCAUCUUAAUAAUACUCAUGAUGUCAAUAGCAAUCAAAACAGUGAUUUAAAUAAUGGUCAUAAAGAUGCUCUUGAUUACGAAAAGGCCCCUAAGACUUUUAUGAUCAAUGAGAAUCCCAAAACAGCCUCAAUGUAUCCAUUUAUUGAUGAAGAAAAAGAUUUACUGUUUAAAGAAAAUUCAACAAAAACUACAAAUGAAGGAGUAGAUUCUCAUAAUGGUACAUUUUUGGUUUCAAAAAAUAAAAUUUCUAAAAAUAAUGCCCAUGAUAACAAUUCAAACGAAUGGUCACCGCCGUUAGCCACGGAAAACACUUCAAAAGGUGACACUAUCGAUAGCAGUAACUUUUUACUCAACUCUAGCAAUGACACAGAGUACAAUAACGAAAUUUUUUCAAAUGCUAAUAAAUUGGUAACGGAAACACCCACUAGAAAGUCAAGCGUUAUGAAAAACACAGAUUUACAGAUAGAGGAAGAAAAUUACUCUUAUUUAUUUAUAGUAGCUACACAUUCCUUUGACAAGGAAAGCUUAGAUAACGAAGAAGACAGGCAUAUAUGCUUAUCUUUUGAAAAAGACGAUGUGGCGUUUGUUCAUGCGGUCGAUGAGAGUGGUUGGGGAGAGGUUACCUUAAUCAAAAAUAACGAAAAUGGUUGGGUCCCAUUUAAUUACUUUACAGAUGUGGUAAAAUAUAAUAGUGAUAGCAAUAAAAAUAGAAAUUCCACGCUUUCCGAUUUACAAAUUAAAAUUACUAGUAGAGAGCCAAUGGAUCGUUUAUUAAGUGAGUGUGGUAAAUUUUUACUGUACCCCUAUGGUAAGCCAGUUACGGAGACAAUUAAUAAUGGUAUUAGCAGCAACCAUGACGAAGACACUGCUUCUAAAACAUUUAACAUUCAGGAUAUUAAUAAUAUUAGAGAUGGUGUUAAAAUUUUGUUAGAAAAAACCGGUUCCAUUUCAAGGUCAAACGAUUUGGUGAGGACCAAGCCACUCUUACGUAAAACAAGAAAAAGGUUAUUGGCAACUUGGUAUUCAUUAAUGGUUAAAGCUGAUUCCUAUAAAAACACCACUGACCGGGAGAAAAUUAAUUUACUUUUGACUAUUGUGUACAAGAUUGUGAAAAGGGCAUUUUUAUUUUAUGAUGUUUGGGCCAUUGAAAAACAAUCUUUUGAAAAUGAGAAAAAAUUGAAAAUUUUAAACACUGCAAACGCCACGCCUGAAGAAAAAAUCAAAGCCAUCAAUAACAAACCCAGAAACUCGGUAAUGUUACCCACAGAGAUUAAAUAUUUAGACUCCCCGCCAAUGACCUCGCAAAGAUUAGCUGAUGUUAGUUUUUAUCUUAUUCGUUAUCUUUCUUUGAUUUUGGGUAGAAUGGAUAUGAUAGAAAAUAAUACUGCAGGCUGUGAAAUAUUAGAAUAUCUAGUCCAUCAGAUAAUUUUAUUGUUAAGAGAGUUGUUGUACAUUAGCAAAUCGUGUUCCUCCAUGAUAACUGUCAAGUAUAACAGUUCCUAUGACAAUAUGCUGGAUCACACACUAGACCCCUUGCUAUCUUUAGUUUCUGAAUUAGUUUCUGCCGUUAAAGUGUUUGUUACGAAAACCUUACAUCAUGCAUCUCCAACCAUACAAAACACUGGAGAUAUGAAUGAAACACAGAGAAGAAUUUUGGUGUUAUCUGCUAAUACUGUUGGUUCUGGUCCUUUUUUACAUACAGAAGACGGUAGUAACUUUAUCAAAAUUGUUUCUCAAAUGACUAAAUUGAUAGAUACAGCAAUAAGGAGUUGUGAUCAUUAUUUAAGAUUACUUGGCGACUUUCAACUAGGAAGUGACAGAAGUUACCCUGAUUUUGAUGCAAGUGGUAUUACUCCACAGAAAUUUAUCAAAAUUUGUUCAACAUCUUUAUUGAAAGAUAUAUCUGGAAGAAGCUGGAUACAUCAAAACACCUCGACAGUUCCCUCUGGUGGGGAUAGUAGAAACACGACGUACAGUAGUAAAACUGAGACUCCUUUGAACAAUGUAUUAACACGAGAUUCGACAUAUGUCACAAAUAAUUCCCAAAAAAGAUAUAGCAGGAACUUGACUAGAUUUUCUGCAAUUAGAACCAAUGGGGAUCAAAAGGACUACGGCAAUGCCAUUUGCUUGACAGCUGAGGGUACUCAAUUUUUGUAUGAUUUUGAACUAUCUGAAUCUAAUAAUUUGGCCGGUGCUACUCCUAGUAGAAAGUCCUUUUCUAGAAGUUCUAUUUUUGAGCCAUUUAAAAUAGAUGAACCCUUUUCGCAACAGUUGCUUUUGGAAGAAGAAGAAGAUAAAGACGAAAUUAACAACACAGAAUUAAUGAAUAAUGAAACUUUGUUGGAUACAGAUGAGAAGACGAUAAUUGGCGCUUCCUUUAGGGCUUUGGUUUAUCACCUAACCAAUGAACUGAAUAAACCAACUGAAUUUUUUGUUUCUGUAUUUUUAAUGAAUUUUAAGUCAUUUGCUACAUCCAGUGAUUUCAUGAGUGAGUUAGUGGCCAGAUUUGAUGUUGAUAACAGAUUUCCGAACAAUGAAUUUAAUUCCCCAAGAGGCAAUUUUCCUUCAAUGGCCUCCAUAAUAAAAUCCAGAAGAAGAUUGGUUCUGAAAAUCAUGAAAAUCUGGAUGCAAAGUUAUUGGGAUUAUGCAAAUGAUUUUAAUAUAAUACCUGUAAUUAUAAAUUUUUUGAAUGAAUCAGCUAUAUUGUAUUUGCCAGCAGAAACAAGAGUUUUAAUUAUAAUAGCUUCGAAGCUAAUUAGCAUUUCGCCCAAGAAUGAAAGUAUCAUAGCAAAAAAUAACCUACAAUUGGUACCAAGAAAUAUUAAAUAUUCGGGAAAUACUAAUAACAAUAAUGUUAGUAGUGGUAGUAGUGGUAGUAGUACUAGUACUAGUACUAGUAAUGACAAUGCAGCUAAAAACAGUACCUCAUAUCCCACCUUAUUUGGCAAUGAUUUUGAUAAUGAAAUUGACGAACGAAUUAUAAAAAACUAUGAGUUGACCAAAAUACCUGGGCCUCAUACAAAUUCUGUUUUGUUAUCCGGCACUUUUCCCUCUGGGCUGCUCUCUUUUGCAUUAUUAUCCAAACAAAAUAUUCAUACACUAGAAAAAUCGGUCGCGAAUUACAGAGAAUGUAUUGGUAUUUCAUCACAGACUAGCGAUAAUUUUGCAGAAAAUUUAGAUGAAAUGAUUUCCAUGUGGUACACACUGUUAGUCAAUGUAGAUCAUACAGCUAAAAAUUUGGGAAAGGAUCUCGCACUUAACAUGAAUGAUUUUAAUAUUUGUGAACUAAAUCCCUUGGAGGUUGCUAAACAAUUAACGUUGAUUGAAACACGUCUAUUUGUUUCAAUUACACCUAAUGAAUUUUUAAACGAGAAUUUUUUACCACACAGGUUUGAAAAGGGCUUGUCAUCCAACAUUAGGAAAUUGCUGGCUUUUACCAACUCCUUGUCCAACUAUGUCAUAGAAUCAAUUGUUGGAUUAUCUGUCUCUGCUGAAAAAAAGGCAGAAAGAAUUAAACAGUGGAUGAGGAUUUCGCUCUCGUGUUUGUACUUUAAAAAUUUUAAUUCCUUGGCAUCUAUUAUUAUUGCCUUGCAGAGUCAUGUUAUUUCAAGAUUGUAUGUCGUUUGGGAAAAUUUGGAUACCGAUGAUAUGGAAUUGUUUGAAUAUUUAGCUCAAAUUAUUCAUCCACAUAAUAAUUAUAAUAUUUAUAGAAGGAAAUUGCAAGAAUUGAUCACACGCUCUAAAAAAGGUGCAGACCUUGCUUCUUCUACCAAAGGUGGUGCUUCAAAAUUGAUAAUUCCCUUUUUUAAUCUAUACUUACAAGAUUUAACGUUUAUUUAUGAUGGUAAUAGUAAUUAUAGAAAUCAAGAAGGGUUUAGGCUUCACCGUUUGAUUAAUUUCGACAAAUACAUAAAGGUGACAAAAGUUAUCGGGUCUGUUCAGCAAUUACAACACUUGGCUAAUGCUAUCGUUUCUGAAUCGAUAAUAUCUACUACUAAUAGCCCAGAAGUUUAUGGAAAGAGAAAUUCGGUUUUUAGUUUCCAUUCUGUUGGCAAUGGUAUUAAUAAAAGCUCUGAUAAAAGUAUAAGGUCAUUGCCUCUAUUACAAGAGUUUAUAUUGGAUGAGUUAUGGAGAGUUCAUUUGUUGUACACAGAGGAUCCUGAUAGAGGGUAUAACAUGAGUAUUCAAUUUUUACCCAGAGAUUAA